UUCUAAAAGACUCGCCCAUUUUCUUCUGAAGGAGAAUGUUUGUGAAAUGCUUUUAAAAACUACAGCCUAACAGAGACUGAGAGAAAGCAAUGGCGGAGCCCUCCAGACCUCCUCCACCUAAAGCAUACGUCCCUAGUCGAAAACCAGGCGGUCCUCCAUCCCGCCCUUCAACAGGACCUGCUGGAGUACAAACAGAGCUUCCAAUCCCACCUCGUCCAGCACCAGAGGACAUACCUCCAGUGAGUCCUACAGAAUUGACGAAGACUAAAAGUGGGCGUGGGCCCCCGCCCCCUCCUGCACCUUAUACAAAAAGACCUUCGGCCACCAAAUUGUCUGAUGGUGCCGAAGAUGAAGCUGAUAAAGGACAGGCUCUUCCCAAAUCUCGUCCACCAGCUCCUCGUCCAGCAAAAGCACCAGCAAGUCGACCUAGCAAACCUCCUGCUUCGUCAUCUAAAAAGAUGGAUAUUACUGUUGUUUCUGCCCAGCCAAUGACAUCAGAUGUCAUUCCUCCACCUGCAAAAGCAGCCACGCCUACAACCGACCCUCCCAUGCCAACAGAGCCUCCUCCUGAGCCUCCCACUGAAGUAAAGAUUCCGCCUCCUAAACCGAAUCGGUCUCCGCCCGUUUCCAAGGCAAUCCUUGAUAAAGAAUCGGAGCCACUCCCUAAAAGAGGUCCAGCUCCACCUAAACCAGUACGAGGGUCACCUCCUCUCCCUUUAAGAGGAGGGCAGGAUGAUCAAGGGUCUAGUAGUCCUAAGGAUAUAACUGAACGUCGUCCAUCAAGAGGUAGUCCCCAUGUACGUAAGGCUCCUCCCCCUCCUGCCGGUCGUACACGCCCACCACCUCCUCAAUCUAAAGCUCCUCCCGUUCCAAGCACCGAGGCUCCUUCAGAGUACACAGCACUCAUCCCUACUCCAGCUAAUAGUACAACACCUGAAGUAGAGUAUAUGAUACCUCAAGCUCCUACUCCUGCCUCUGAGUAUACUGAGCCAGUUUCUAGUAAAACACUCAGUAAAUCCUCGGCUGAUUCUAUUGAGCCGGUUUCUGGUGCCAAGUCGGAUAAGCGUUUAGUCCCAACUCAUAAAGCUCCUCCUCCUCCUGUCUCUCGUCCGUCGGCCCUGCCCACAUCUCGUUCGAGACCGCCUCCUACUUCUCGUCCUCUUCCUCCGCCCACUCAAGGAAAAGAAGAAACGAGGGAAGAAGUGGAGUCACCGACUCAUCUUUACGCUGAAGUAUCACCCUCAACCAGUCAAACCAGUUUAGGAGAGGCCAUGCCUAGUUCUAAAGACACGCCUCCUCCAGUGCCGAGCUCACCGCGUCCGAGUGCUCAACCGAAACUGACCGAUUCUAAGACCUCUCCGUCUCCACCCAAGAAAUCACCUCCAACUAAGCCACCGAGUUCAAGACCGCGACCGCCUCCCCCUCAAGUCAAGAAAGAGGAGGUGACUGAAGAUAAGGCCAUGCCCACUGCCGCUCCUACAGCACGCCCGAGGCCACCGUUGCCAAGGACGAUCAGUAAAGAUGAAGGUGUCAAGGCCACACCUACUCCUCGCUCUAAACCGCUGCCUCCAGUGGCCACACCUCCUCAGGAAACUAAUGAAACUCCGUCCACUUCUCGUUCGAGGCCUCCACCUCCAAAAGCUGCCCCUCCCAUUCCAGAGAAAAGCAAGGAAGAAAAUAAAACUCCGCCCACUUCUCGUCCGAGACCUCUGCCUCCAAAAACAAAAUCGGAUGAUGAUCAUGAUCAGGAUGCAGAAAAGACUCCGCCCCCUUCUAGGCCACAACCACCCAAACCAGUACCAAGGCAGGAUAGUGGCAGUGAGGUCAAAGCCCAGCCUCCAAUGAAGCCAAAGCCACGCCCUAAGAAAAUACCGAGUGUGAGUAGCGUUGAAGAGACCGAGACCACACCCACUAAUGUAGAAACUGCUACACCCACUGAACCCAUACAAGAUGAAGUUAAGAAAGAGGCCACGCCCCCAGUAGUGGCAACACGCCCACCUCCUAAAAAACCUCCUGUAGUACCAAAACGAAGUAUAAGUAAAACGGACGCUGGUAGUGAAGAGCCACUCCCAUCAGACACACCUACUGUUAGGGAAACAUCACCUCCACCGGCUAAACCCCGCCCACCUCCUCAAGCUAAACCACGUCCACCACCUCCUAAAUCUAAGGAUGAGGACAAGACCGAGGAGCCCCCUCCUCCUCGUUCCUUAUCCAGUGCCACACCCUCUAAUGCCCCACCUACCAGACCAACUAGUGGCCCCACUAAGGCUCCACCCCCUUCCAGACCUGGUCAGGGACCUAAACCAAAGCCAGCCAGACCCCCUGGAACAGCACCUCCUAAACCCACUCCUCCUGUUCCAUCGACCAGAAGCAAGCCACCAAAUAAGGAUGGCCCUCCUGUCCCGACUGCUCGUAGAGGUACUGCUAGCAAAGAGGAUUCUGAUGCUCCUCCUCCUCUACCUCCUCGCCCUGAACCAGGCCACCCACUAUAUAGAUAUGUGUGUUCUAAUCCUCACGGGAUUGCAAAGACGAAUAAAGAAGCACCAGAAGCUGAUGAAUUAUCCUACUAUGAAGGCGAUGUUAUAGAGCUGAUAGAAAAGAUUGAUGAUCAUUGGUACUAUGCCUGUAAUGCUGAUAACGACAUGCAGGAAGGAUUGAUACUAGCAAAAGAGAUGAAGAUAAUAAAGAGGCUACCAGGCCAAGAUAAAGUGAUGGAGGAUGGUCCCUGUGCAGUGGCUAUGACAGCUUUCGAAGGAAGGUCUUCAGACGAACUCUCAUUCAAGGAAGGUACUCUUAUUAUGCUCAUUUCAAGAGUGGGCGGAGACGAGUGGCUGAGAGGGAGGACCCUAAAAGGAGAGGAAGGGAUCUUCCCGAAAUCUUUUGUUGAAGUUGUUGAGGACCUCCCACCCGAUGCAAUUGAAGAGCUUCAACCUGCAUCUCCCGAAUACGAUAUCCCAGACGGUCCUUAUUGCAUUGCAACCGAGACUUUUGUUGGAGAGAGUCCGGAUGACCUCUCGUUUGAUGUCGGAGACUUGAUAGAAAUAACGGAGAGGAUUGACGAUAGCUGGCUGAGGGGGAUGACCAACGGGAGGAGUGGGAUGUUCCCGCAAGUUUUUGUUGAUGUGAAAGUUGACACGCCCGUUGGAAUAGUAGGAGGAGGAGGAGGAGGAGAAGAAGAGAAUAAAAAUGAAAACGUUGUCAAAGCUUUGUUUGAUUAUGACGGAGAGGAAGGAGACCUUUCAUUCAAAGAAGGCGAUAUGAUAACGCUACUAUCGAAAGUCAGUGAUGAGUGGAUUUACGGUCAGCUGGACGGAAGAGAGGGGAUGUUCCCGUCUGGUUUCAUCAGCCACGUACCUGAGUCCCUGCCUAUGAAGACGACAAAAGAAGAACCAAAAAUUGAUGAAGCCACACCCACUCCAGAGCCGCCGAAAACCCCCACCGGAGAGUGUGAAGCGCUUUUUGAUUACGUGUCCGAUAAUCUUGGAGACCUUUCCUUUAAAGCUGGGGAGAAGAUAACACUCACUGAAUGGAUCAAUGACGAGUGGUGCAAUGGGAGUGUAGGAGAUAGGACGGGUAUGUUCCCACUGAGUUUUGUCAAAAUUACAAAGGACCUACCCAAAGACUCUGGAUCAGUUUCAAAAGCUGCUGCCCCCAAAUCGCAAAAGAAGGUUAAAUCAGAAGAGCUCUCAGAUCUGAUGCCUAAAGCUAAGGCAAUACGUAACUUUGAGCCAGCUUCAUCCCUUGAAAUGAGAGUACAGACUGGUGAUAUGAUUAUCUUAUUAUCUCAUGAAGCAAAGAAUAUGUACAUGGGAGAAAACGUAACUACGGGAGAAUUUGGAAACUUUCCAGCUAAUUGUGUCGAAGUCAUUGUUCCUCUUCCUUAGACGUCAUUUUGUUGAGCAUGAGACUUGAGGUCACAUGAUCUCUCUGUUUGUAAUAAAAAUCGCUUUCAUCCGCUACAAAUUAUUGACUUGCAGAAAUAUUAGAGCAUUUAUUAUUAUUAUUAUUAUUAUUAUUAUUAUUAUUAUUAUUAUUAUUAUUAUUAGACAUAUUAUAUUAUUAUCAAAAUUAAAAUUUUAAUUCUAUUUCUAUCAUAUCCAAUUUAAA